ACUUGAGAACCCACAAUGCAACGCGUCUUUUCCUCUUCAACAACACGAGUGGACGUACAAACCCGUAUCUGAUGAUAUUUUAAAAUUAUUUCAACAUUUUGAAAGUGUACUCUUUUUUCAAGAGCGCCUAAAUGAAAGUUAAAGUCCUUUCUAGGAACCCGGACGACUAUGUCCGGGAAACAAAGUUAGACAUUCAACGUGUGCCAAGAAACUAUGACCCAACACUACAUCCAUUUGAGAUGAACAGAGAGUACACACGUGCUCUCAACGCCACCAAACUGGAGCGGGUGUUUGCCAAGCCAUUUGUGGCUUCAUUGGAUGGACACAGGGAUGGUGUGAACUGUAUGGCUAAACACACCAAGAGCCUCUCCACCCUGCUGUCAGGUUCCUGUGAUGGAGAGGUGAAAAUGUGGGAUCUUUCCAGACGAGAAUGUGUCCGCUCACUUCAAGCACAUGAAGGAUUCGUUCGGGGAAUUGUCGUCCGCUUUUGUGGGACAUCUUUCUUUACGGCUGGUGAUGACAAAACCAUCAAGCAGUGGAAAAUGGAACCACCUGGUUAUGGCGAAGAAGAGGAGCCACUAAACACUAUUCUAGGCAAAACUGUCUUCACAGGAUUGGACCAUCACCAGAAAGAUGCUGUAUUUGCUACAUGUGGCCAGCAGGUGGACAUCUGGGACGAACAGAGGAGCACACCCAUCCGUUCAUUCACCUGGGGUGUGGACAGCUUCAGUGCCAUUCGCUUCAAUCCAGUAGAGACUGAACUUCUUGCAAGUUGUGCCUCUGACAGAAGUAUAGUACUGUAUGACAUGAGAGAAUCUGCACCUCUUAAAAAGGUUAUUAUGACAAUGAGGAGUAACACAGUAUGUUGGAACCCUAUGGAAGCAUAUUACUUUACUUCUUCAAAUGAGGACUAUAACCUCUACACAUACGACAUGAGGUACCUGGAACGACCAGUCACAGUGCACAUGGACCAUGUCUCUGCAGUACUGGAUGUUGACUAUUCACCAACCGGAAAGGAGUUUGUCUCAGCAAGUUUUGACAAGACCAUACGCAUAUUCCCUCAUGAUGGCGGUCGCAGUAGGGAGGUCUACCACACCAAGCGUAUGCAGCAUGUCAUCUGUGUUAAGUGGUCGGCCGACAGCAAGUACAUUUUGAGUGGAUCUGAUGAAAUGAACAUUCGGCUGUGGAAAGCUAACGCAUCAGAGAAACUAGGAGUGCUUACCCCCAGAGAGCGUGCAAGCAUCAACUACAACCAGAAGUUGAAGGAGAAGUUCCAGCACCAUCCGCAGAUCAGGCGCAUCGCUCAUCACCGACACGUACCCAAGAACAUCUACCACCAGACCAAGGAGCUGAGGGUCAUGAAAGAGGCUCGUCGUAGGAAGGAGAAGAAUGUCCGCAAACACAGCAAACCAGGGGCUGUUCCUGUGGUACCUGAGAAGGAGAAGCAUGUUGUUGCUGUGGUGAAAUGAGUGUAAGUGGAUGAGAAUAGAAGAUCAAGAACUGUGUACAGAACUUUUUCAAAGAAAAUCUAAAUUCAAGAGUGCAGAAAAAAUUGACAGUAAACACCGAGCUUAAUCAAAAAUGUCUGCGUUGACAUACUUCCAGUUUUGUUUCAUUCAUGUGAUUUUCUUUUUUUUUUUAAUUAAGACUUGGGUCAUUUUUCUAGUUCGACCAAACUAAGAUACGAAUGUUACUUUAUGCAAAAGUUACUUUUUGUAAUUAAAGAGUUUUGAAAAAUUAAGGGUGGUAUUUAUCAUUAUCCUCAACACACCACAUCGGUUUCAGGCACAUAUAUUUCAUAUUUUUGUCUCUUCUCCAAAAUAUGGUGAUAUUGUGAUCCUAUUUAGAGGGAAAUAACAAUAAAUUGACUGGUUGCAGUA